UCUCUCUCUGAACUCCUCUCUGAAUCCUCUGAAUGAUGGCGAAUCUCUUCUUGGCUCAAUCUCUCUUCUCGGUGCUCGUCCUUCUAUGCAUUACUAACUUCGCCGCCGCCGCCACCACUUGUCUGCCGGAUGACGAAGUGGCUGCAUUGAAAGAAAUAGCAGAGACAUUAGGAAAAAGCAACUGGGAUUUCGAUUUAGAUCCAUGUAGUAGAACAGGGGUAUGGAGUGACGGAUUACCGCCUGAUGACACUACUAACGACGUCGCCUGCAACUCCAUUUCCACCUACGGCAUCGACAACACCACCGUUUGCCAUGUCACCAGCAUAGUUCUGAAGCAGCAGUCUCUUUCCGGCACUCUUCCGCCUCGACUCUUCAGAUUGCCUUUUCUCGAGAACUUUGACGUCACCCGGAACUACCUGAACGGCACGAUUCCUAAAGAAUGGGGCUCUACGAAGUUGCGCAACAUUUCUGUACUCGGAAACCGAUUGACUGGUCCAAUCCCGAAGGAGCUGGGAAACAUAUCCACACUAGAAGUUUUAGUCGUCGAGAUCAAUCAGCUCUCUGGACCUCUGCCUCCAGAGCUCGGGAACUUGUCCCGGUUACGUCGAUUGUGCCUUUCGUCAAAUAAUUUCACUGGGGAGCUGCCUCCGAGAUUUGCUGAAUUGACGGCACUGCAGGAGCUGCGACUCAGUGAUAAUAAUUUCACGGGACAGAUACCUCAUUUUAUUCAGAACUGGACAAAUCUCAGCAGACUGGCUAUUCAAGGAAGUGGAUUGCAAGGGCCAAUUCCCUCUGGGAUCGCACUUUUGAAGAAUUUGAUUUACUUGAGCAUAAGUGACCUCGAGGGACCUGAGUCCCCAGUUCCACAACUUAGCAGUACGAAUAUUCAGAGACUGAUUCUGAGGAGCUGCAAUCUCACAGGAGAGCUACCUGGUUAUCUAGCAGGAAUGACACAGCUAAAAAUAUUGGACCUCAGCUUCAACAAAUUGAGUGGCGAAAUCCCUGACAACUUUAGCAGCCUGGUAGAUGUAGAUUAUAUCUAUCUGACUGGAAACCAAUUGACUGGAGCAGUGCCUAAUUGGAUCCUGAAGAAAGCAGAAAAUGUUGAUCUAUCAUACAACAACUUCAAUGCUACAAACACAAGAUGCGAAGAACGAUCUAUCAACUUGUUCGCAAGCUCGGCAGUUGACAAUGCAACCUCAUAUCCUGCCACAAGUGGGCUUCCUGCAUGUUUGAAAAGUCGGGAUUGUCCAGAAAAUCGGCAUAACCUCUUCAUAAAUUGUGGUGGGGGCGAAGUUGAAAUAGGGGACAACAUAUACGAUGAUGAUUCAGUGUCGCUUACAUCUGCUAAGUUCCUUCCGGAUGGAAAGUUCUGGGGCUACAGUAGCACUGGUCAUUUCCUGGAUGACUCUAUUGAAGCAGAUAAUUAUAUAGUUAACAAUGACAGUAUAUCCAUUCUGUCCAAGGAUAAUGCCCAGCUUUACAUGAAGGCACGACGUUCUGCUAUCUCUCUAACUUAUUAUGGUUUUUGUCUGAUUAAUGGGAUCUACAAUGUAAGACUUCAUUUUGCGGAGAUAAGGUUCACAGGCAACAAGAGUUAUAUGAGCCUUGGAAGGCGAGCCUUUAAUGUUUAUAUACAGGGGAAAUUGGUGUGGAAAGAUUUCAACAUUGUGACUGAAGCAGGUGGAGUAGGAAAGGAGGUCAUAAGAAAUUUUACUGCCAAUGUGACCAAGGGCACUCUGGAGAUACGCUUAUAUUGGGCUGGGAAAGGAACCAAUGCUAUACCUACCAGAGGAGUUUAUGGUCCUCUUAUAUCUGCUAUCUCCGUCUAUCCUGGCUUUAAAAUCCAAGGAGAGUCAGCCAGCAUAUCUGCUGGCACUGUGGUCGGGAUUGUGGCUGCUAUAGUUUUUGUAGUUUUUCUUUUCCUGGUUAUCCUUUGGUGGAGAGGAUGUCUUGGACGUGAAGAUGAAAUGGCACAAGAUUUGAAGGUUCUAGCAUUGCAAAUCGGUUCAUUUCCCUUGCGACAGAUUAAAGCUGCCACAAACAAUUUUGAUGUUGCCAAUAAGAUUGGAGAAGGUGGUUUUGGUUCUGUAUACAAGGGUCUUCUGUCAGACGGCACCACUAUAGCAGUGAAGCAGCUUUCGUCCAAAUCAAAGCAAGGAAAUCGUGAGUUUGUGACUGAGCUUGGGAUGAUUUCUGCUCUUCAACAUCCACAUCUUGUGAAACUCUAUGGAUGCUGCAUUGAAGGAAAUCAACUUGUGCUGGUUUACGAGUACAUGGAAAAUAACUGUCUUGCUCGCGCUUUAUUUGGUCCUGAAGAAUUUCAGUUAAAGCUGGAUUGGGCGACAAGACACAAGAUAUGUGUGGGUAUUGCCAGGGGGUUGGCAUAUCUUCAUGAAGAGUCAAGGCUAAAGAUUGUGCAUAGAGACAUUAAAGCUACUAAUAUUUUACUGGAUAAGGAUCUCAACUCUAAAAUAUCAGAUUUUGGUUUAGCAAAACUUGAUGAGGAGGACAGCACACAUAUUAGCACCAAGAUUGCUGGAACUUAUGGAUAUAUGGCACCGGAGUAUGCAAUGCAUGGUUACCUCACUGAAAAAGCCGACGUCUAUAGUUUUGGCAUUGUUGCCUUAGAAGUUGUUAGUGGCCAGAGCAACACCAGUUACCAAAAGAAGGAGAAAUGCUUUUAUCUACUCGAUUGGGCACGAGUUUUGAAGGAGAGAGGAAAUUUGAUGGAUCUAGUUGAUCAGAGGCUGGGUUCUCAUUUUGACGAAAAGGAGGUGCUGGCGAUGAUAAAGGUAGCUCUGCUGUGUACUAAUGUAACUCCAGCACUCAGGCCGCCGAUGUCAUCUGUAGUUAGCAUGCUUGAAGGCAAGGCUGCUGUUCCAGUGCUGGACUCUGAGGGCGCUAUCAUAACGGAGGAGACAAUUGAGGCCAUGAGGAAGCAUUUCAAAAGUGACGAAGAUCAGGCAGUUGGCGAGAAUAUCACCGAGAGCAUGCUCACUGAUGGGCCGUGGACUGGAACUGCUUCUUCUACAUCUACUAAUGAUCUCUAUCUGAUAAAUCCGGAUACUGAUUACUGGCAGAACAGAAAAUAAGAAAUGGUUUGCUAUGUUUUGAGUUAAUUUGGUUUUGAAAGAACUAGGGCUUUUUUUGGUAAUCCAUCGAAAGGAACUCCUAAAUUUUGCUUCGAAGUUUGUCUUUUGUUCACGUUUGAAACUGAAAUGGAUACUAUAAAGAAUACGACGACUAUUAUGCGGUGCAGUAGUUGUGUAUUGUAAACUUCUUACUGGGGACGAUGGCUUGUUGUUUGAUUGUUGUAUUCGUGCCGCUUAUUUCGAUAUUGUUAAUCAUACAAUGACGAUGUUGCGACU